CUGAAGAUACUUUUGAUGAACGGGCAUUAUUCUGGGAUAUAAACACAGGGUAUCCAAACAGAGAAGGGAAUCAGUGGAAGUCAGUUUUUCCAUAUUGGUCAGAAUAUGCUGGAGAAGAUACUGGCCUUGUCAUUGAUCUAGCAGACAAUAGACCUGAGUGGCAACAAUUGUGUUCUGGAGGCCAGAGUGGUUAUGAACUCAAAAUAUACUCCCCUACAGAGAAUUUAGAGUUCACCAAUGGUAUUAGAAUAGCCAAUAAGAUGCAUUCUCAUAUUUUAAUUACACCAAAUAUGAUUAAUGCAGAUAAAGAUUUGCUAUCGUUACCGCAUGAGAAAAGAGGAUGUGUGUUUGAAGAAGAAUAUCCUCUUGAGUAUUUCAAGAUGUACAGCCAAUACACAUGUUAUUUGGAGUGUUACAUAAAAAAUCUAUUAAAUUAUUGUGGUUGUGUACCUUUUGAAUCUUACAGAUUUUUAGGCUUAAGGAACUAUUUGUACUGUUCAGAGUCUCAUAUAGAAUGCAUAUAUCAAGUACGAGAUCGAAUAGUGAAGUUAUCAAUGAAAUCAAAGUUGAAGGAAGGAGCUUGCUACUGUCUUCCUGCUUGCUCUACUCUCACGUUUGACUACCAGAGCAGUUCAAACCAGGUGGUGAUGCCCCACAGUGUACCUCAGUGGGCAGAUGGUUACAACAGCAGUCUAGAGUCAAACAUUGCACGCCUGUCCCUAUAUUUUGGGGUUCAACAAUUUUCUGCUCUAACUCGUAGACUAACUUCAUCUUUCAGUGAUUUUCUGGGAAACUGUGGAGGACUUCUGGGUCUUCUUCUUGGGUUCAGCUUCAUGAGUCUGUUUGAAGUAUUCUAUUUUGCUUUUAUACGACCAGCUAGAAAAACUAUUUGUAUUUUAAUCAACAAACUUGACAUUGUCCCAGAUGUUGUGCCGUUAGGUGUCAAGGUAAAACCGGUCAAGAUAAAAGAUGUAGAGAAUCUCCUAGCAAAACACUUUGGAAAUGAGUGGAAAAAUAGACCCGAUCUUAACUGGUAUGUGAAAGUGCUGGAAAAACAACAGAACUGUGAUCAAAACCCAGCUGUCCACGAGGACACAUCACUCACUCAAGUAGGAGAGAGACAGAUGUCGAACAGAUGCAUCGCUCACUCAAGUAGGAGAGAGACAGAUGAUCCACGCUCUCGCUUGCACUUCCUUAAAUGGAACGCCUCAGAGUGA